GAUGACCGGCCAGCCACUUUUUCUCGCUUCAAAAUUAGGCACGAGUUAUUUCUGGGAUGUGCCCAGGCGGCCACCUUCCUCUCGUUUCUGUCCUCAGAUUCGGAGGAGGUUUUGUUUGUUUGUUGUUGUUGUUUUUUGGGGGGGGGAAUGCUUCUCAAACGACAGGCAUUGCUCACCGGCGCUGUGAGCCUGCAGACACUACGCAUGCGCUGCCGCAAUCUUUGCUUUCCCGUAUCUGCGAGGAGGCCGGCUGUGUGCGGGCGGGAAAGAAAAGCAGGAAAUGGCUGCUGGGUUUGGGUCGCUGCUGCGCGAGUGCCCGCUUCUCCUGCCCCAGAACCGGGAAAAGACGGUUUACGAAGGGUUUGUCACCGCCCAGGGAAUGGACUUUCAUUUAAGGAUAUUGUUGCCAGUGGAUCAUCAGUUGAAAAAUGCUAGGAUACAGUGCAGCUGGCAGCUGAAAAGGGUUUUGAGUGGAUACCAGCAGAUUUUAAAGCAGAGAUUGCAGCACUGUUUGGAUCUGGUCAGUUUCAUGGUGGAGCUGAAGACAAUUUUGGAAGUUGCCUUGAAGAACACCCAGGAGUUGCAGUCAUCAGCUCUGCCGCCACCACAACAUUAUUCUGGUCUAAUUAGAGACAUAGAAACUUUGGGUUGGAAUAAGGUUUUAUUUGUAGACCCCAGUUUUACUACUAUCAAGCUAAGAGCAGAAGAUUCUGGUGGUCGGCAUCAUCAGAUCACCUUGAAACUAAAUCCAAAGUAUCCCACAGAACCUCCAGACUGUCUUGUGGACUUGCCAGUUCAGUUCACUGUUUCAGUUGAUACACAGAGCAACUUAUUAAGCAUUCAUCGUCAGUUUUUGGCAGCGUUGGAAUCAUUGAAGGAGUUUUGGAAUGCUCUAGAUGAAAUUGAUGAGAAGACUUGGGUCCUUGAGCCAGAAAAACCCACACGGAGCGCCACAAUGCGAAGAAUUGCCAUCGGAAAAAACGUUUCAGUAAAUGUAGAGGUGGAUCCCAGACACCCCACCAUGCCUCCAGAAUGCUUCUUUCUUGGACCCGAUCACGUUGUAAAUCCUUUGAAAAUGAAGCUGAACAGCAACAUACAUAUGUGGGAUCCAGAAGUCAGUCUAUUACAAAAUUUGAAAGAAGUUUUAGAAAUGGAUUUUCCAUCUCAAGAAACUCUAGAUAAAUCUGAUUUCUCUAUGGACUGUGGGAUCUGCUAUGCUUACCGACUUGAUGGGGCUAUUCCUGACCAAGUCUGUGAUGAUUCACGCUGUGGCCAGCCCUUCCAUCAAGCUUGUUUGUAUGAGUGGUUGCGAGGACUCCCUUCUAGUCGUCAAAGCUUUAAUGUCAUAUUUGGUGAAUGUCCGUAUUGCAGCAAGCAAAUCACUUUGAAAAUGUCUGAAGAAACCUUGAAGUGGAAGUUCAGAAAACCAGUAACUGCCUAGCCCUGCUCUCUGGAAACAGACACACCAAAGAUGAUCUCAGAGGAAGUACAAAGAAAGCAGUAUUAACAGUAGGAGCACAACAAUAGCUAUAAUAUAUCGGUACAGUUCUUCACUUAGUACAGGGUUGCUCCACCUGGAAGAGCUAGACAAAGGUUGACAGACUGGUGAAUAAGUAAUUCCAUUUUGUAUGGAUUUUUCUUCAACUUUCUGGAAGGUCUUGUGAAACAGACAUGUCCCAGAUGGAGGUUCUUUACUUGCCUGAAGAACAAAUAAGAUUUCCAUCCUUUAACACAAUUGAAGAGCAAACAUUUCAAGUCAGUAUCUUCAUUGUCUCAUAGCAUAAAAGUUUGCAUCUGGUUGCGGGGGCGGGGGAGCAGGGGAUGAAUGUGGGAUUUCUACUGAAUUAUACUUGUAACAGGGAUUGCUGUUUUCUUCAGUGGUAACAAUCAGAGUACAUGCAAUUAAUUGUAGGAUUCCAUUGCCUGGGCUGGAAUCCCAUACACUCACUCAGUUCAGCGGUCUUCAGUACUUUCAGUCAUCUGCUCUACAGGGGAGAGUAAUUGAUUCAGUCAUUCUCUGCUCCUCCCCGCCCCCCCGCCCCCCCCGAACAGAUGAUCUGUGCCAGCGAAGACUAUUUGUCUGAAGGUGCAACAUAAUAAAGCGGCACCUGCUAUGGGGUUGGCAGGGGAAGGGAUUAAAUACGUUUCCUGAGUGAAAUGCCCCGUUUAUGAAUUCUUAUGAUGGGGCAAAAGUGUUCAAGGAAGAGUGUAGCAGGCCCUUCGCUCUCACCACGAACACUACCCACUUAGUACUGCUCUGCAGCGAACCUGUUACAGCCCUGAUUAACAGCUUCUUCAACUUUGGUUUUUCAGUUAUUUUCUAGGAAGAACAAGAUUAUCUAUUUGCUAGUGGUCUACUGUAGACAGAAAAGUCUUGCCUAAAAUCAAAUCUAGUCAGAAGCAGCAAGACAGUAAAAAAAAUUAGCUUCUGGACGUCAUAUGACAAAUAUUUCAGAGGUUCUUCACACAAACCUACAUUUUCUUUUCUUUUAUUCUCCAAACUCCUCAGAAGCUAGCAAAUGCUGACAAAUACUUGCUGAGGGUAAGUAGCAUCAAUAGCAUAAAGAGAGAGAGAUGGUUACAAUCAAGGCUAUUUUGUGUGUGCGUGUGUAUCUGAACAUAAAUAUAUGUUGCUGACUGCUAAACUGUAGAACCCUUUGUUAAAUUUGCAUAAAACAGCAUUUUAAGCUUUCUUUGAAGUGUUAGUUGUACUGUAGAAGUAGUAUUUAAACUGAUAUUACAAAGUAAAUCCCCACAUCUUUUAUGCUUUCAUUCAUAGCUGCUAAAGGUUUUUGUUGAAAUGAGGCUGUUAGAUCAAAUCUGCAAGAGAGACUUUGAGCUAAUAUUGUAGACAUAAUGUGAAAGUGCAAGGCAUGGAAAUGGUCUCUGCAAAGGGCAUGCAACUGGCAUCUUCCUGGACACAGCGUUUACUUUUUUAAGAACUGGUCAUGUGUCUACCAACUUUUAAUGCCUAGCUAGAUGCACUAGCUGUUUCCAACUGCUGCAACUUUAAUUGGUCUUGGAGUCUGAAGUCCCGUAGAUGAUCCCAAGCCCAACUAAUUCUUGCUUAACUAUCUGCUGAGUUUUUCUGUAAAUGCUUGGUCCUCUGCACGUGUAAUGGGGGAAGAGCAGGGGAGCUUCAUAUGUGCUCCAUGUCAUGGAAAGACCUAUAGGUCAGCCACAGCUGAUUUUUUUCCAUGUUAAAAUAGAAUGCUGAGCAUGGAGUGUGCUGAGUAAAAUAAAGCUGCAUUUCAUUAGCAUAUUUUAAGUCCAGGCCUACUGUUACAGCAUAUACAGGCAGGGUCAAAGGAAAGGCCUUGCCUGUACAGAUGUUCUACAUAUGCCCAAAUAUGUUUAAAUGUCAAUUACACUAGUCAAUUUAGCAAUUGCAUUAUAAGGCCAAGGAUAAUGGCUUGCCAUUGGUGUAAAUACACUUAUACUUGGUUGGACAUGCAGCUAAAGGGUUUUGUUCUGCCCUGUAUAAAUUAGACUUCUUUCUCAAAUGAAGUUUCUAAACUGAAAGGACUACAAUUUGAGAAGCAUCAUACAAAGUGGAUGUGUAAACAUAUUCCAGUGUUCAUGAAUAAGGUAUAGAUUUACCAUCUUGUGAUGUCUGAAAAAUACAUAAACUAAAGACACACUCCUCAUCUGAAGGCACACAGAAAACUUAAUUUCACAAAGAAGCCAAUAAUCUUUGGUUAUUGUCUCUCUGUUUCUCGUCUAUACAUAAGCUCUGGGGAGAAAGAAAAGCUAGAGCAGCAGAGCUAGACAAGCAAGAAAGCUACAUACAAUUUAAAGCAACACUAAAAAGAGAGCCCCGUUGUACACAUUGGUAAGCUGUAGUACUGCUUGUGACCUGAUCUCGAUCACAACAGAAGUCAAGUUUCAGGUAGCUGGCUCAAGGGUGGCUCAGCCUCCCAUCCUUCCGAGGUCAGUAAAAUGAGUACCCAGCUUGCUGGGGAUAAAGUGUAGGCGACUGGGGAAGGCAAUGGCAAACUACCCACAAACAAAAUCUGCCUAGUAAAUGUGAUGUGACAUCACUCUUUACCUUUUGAAAUGUAGUCAACUUACCACUUGACUCUGAAGAGGCUUGCUCACUUGGGCCUGCAGCUGCUCAUCUUGUCUUCUCACAAUGGCUUUUCUCUGAUAGGGAAGUCCCUUAUUUUCCUGCUUGAUCUCUUUUGCUUCUUUCCCAGGUUUUGGAGUCGGUUUUGGCAAAUCUGUCUGUUAAAUGUACAUAUUACAUGACCCCCUGGACACAUGGCUAACAAGCACUGCUGAUACUGCACAGUUUCUAUUUAGCUGAAUUAGGCUGGGAUCCUUAAGCAACUUCUAAAACAAGUUCUAAUGUUGUAGAACAGUAACUUGCACACUUCUAGUGAAGAAGCCACUAGGAACACACCCACACCAGGAAAUGCCACCAUAAAAAAACAGGAAAGAAUAUAAACUGCUUGCUCUUAUGAUACCACAGUUGUACUGUCCAAAGGCAACAGUACUUAUUGUAGAAAUUGUUCCAGGAAAUUCAUAAGAACUUUAGAUGAGUGUUGUUAACCUUUGCUGGGUUGAAACGAAUAAGUCUCUGGUUCUGGUGGGUUUUCCGGGCUGUGUGGCUGUGGUCUGGUGGAUUUUGUUCCUAACGUUUCGCCUGCAUCCGUGGCUGGCAUCUUCAGAGGUGAAAAGUCUGUUUCACACUGUGUUUCUCUGUGAUACACCUCUGAAGAUGCAGGAUUUAAAAAAAUCUGCAUUGGAGUAUGGUUUAAUGGAUUAGGUUUGAAUCCAGUUUGCCAGGGAAGCUUGCUAGUCUCUCCCUCUCAGCUUAAUCUACCUCGCAGGAUUGUUGCAAGGAUAAAAUGUAAGUCAUUUUGAGUUCCCAUGGGAGAGAAGAGUACAUAACAAAGGUAAAGAAGUGAACUAAAUAGCAAUGGAAAGACUCCUGCCUUUUCUUCUGCACAAGGGAAUGAAUGUGUUUCACUUGGCAUGUUUGCCAGAGCAAUAUACUCCUACUGAGUAGAUGUGGAUGCCUGCUGGAAUAACAUGAAUAACUUGCUUAGGCGAAUACAACUAGAACAUAUUGUAGGCUGCAGCGGAUUUCACCAACAAAUUCAUGCCAUACUGAUAAACGUGGAAAUCGCAUUUUUGGAGGAGGAUGUUUAGCAAUUAAAAUGGUAAAUAAAUCCUCCAAUUUUAGAUAUGAUUCAAGCCUACAUCUGAAGUUACAUAGCAGCCUAAGAAAGUUGUUGUCCUACCAUCUGGAAGUUGCAUGUUAUUCUCUUCAUUACUUCCUGAAUAUCUAAUUUAUUUUCACAUGCAGAAUUGGGUGAAUCACAAUAUUUCCAAACACCAAAGUUGUCUGAACUUUUCAAAAAGAGGACUUGGUGUUUUCAUCCAGCAUUUACCAGUGAUUCAUCACAUAGUAGUUUUAAAAUUCUCCAGUUAACAAAAAUCUCAAUUUAGAGGUGAUAAACACCUGAAAUCCCCAUUAAAAAUGCUUCUGCUUCUGUCUAAGAUGGAAAAGAAGUUGUGAUAAUUGACUCUCCUCACUCACGGACAUCAAGUGGGGUUAUGCACUUGCAACCAGGUAAUAUUGUCACCCUGUUUUCUUACAAUCAGUUCAUCAGCACCUUGCUUGAAAACAAUAUCCAAGGUUAAGUUUCAAGUUACUAAGGUAAUAGUUUUUGUACUGUCAGGUAAAGCAGAAAUUUUAAAAGGAAGAAAGUUUGCAUUCUUUAAGAACAUAGCUGAUUUUUCAACACUAAUUUUAGUUCUAGAUUUUAAUUUUAAACCACUGAUUAAAGUGUUUUAAUACUUGUUCUUUGGAAAGCUCAAGUCUUCAGAGAAAAUGAAUUAUAUGGAAGCUCACAUAAUUGUGUUACAUAAGAUAGCCAUGCUCCAAUAGCAUCCCCCCCCCCUUCCCCACUCUCUCAAAUCUGGGUUGUGAUGAGAUAGUCUUCUCUGUUCUGAAAACACUUGCUAAAAUUCUUCCCAAUCACACUCUAUCUUUAAAUGUAUAAUGUUUAGUAGAAAGGAGGACAUAUUUUGUUUUUCAGAAACACCUCAUUUACACAUUCUACUGUUUUCUGUAUAAUUGUGAUUCUAAUUUACUUAAUCUGUUCAAGAGUAGCAACAGUGAUUUUAACUAAGAUUACUAAAAUACAACAUUGAGCAAUCAUCUGCUGAAAUAUAAGCUUUUCACCAAGACAUGGAAUACAGUUUUGACCUCUUUCUAGUCAGAA